AUGUCUUACUCAAAGCCUAGUGAGAGGACCAGUCAUUGUUCUCCCAGUCCUAGCAAGACCCAGGAAAGGUCGCAUGCAAGGAUGUUAUCACAAACAACCCUUGAUUCUGAACUUAAUGCAGAAUAUGAAGAAUCAGGUAAUUCCUAUGACUACUUCAAGUUGGUUAAAAAACAACAGACCACCCAAAGUGAACCUGAACAACUAGGGCAUCCAGAGAAGGUCAUAGCGUACUUGCAGCAGAUUCAGAGAGCCAAGUUAAUCCAACCGUUUGGUUGCUUGUUGGCCCUUGAUGAGAAGAGCUUCAAUAUUAUUGCAUUCAAUUGGCACCAAUGUUCAGUCCAUUUCUCUGGCCCUAGUGUCGCCGCCCUGCAUAAGGCACUCAAAUUUGAUGAUGUUUCAUUGCUGAAUCCUAUUAUAGUUCAAUGCAAGACCUCAGGCAAGCAAAUGUAUGCCAUUGUCCAUAGGUCUACCAGUUGUCUGGUGGUAGAUUUGGAGCCUAUGAAGCAUACUGAAUUCCCUUCCAUUGCCACUAGGACUUCGCAGUCUUACAAGCCUGCUACCAAGGCAGUCUUCAAGAUGCGGUCACUACCAGGAGGAAGCAUGCAGAUCCUAUGCAAUACUGUGGUUAAGGAAGUGUUUGACCUUACCGGUUAUGAUAGGGUCAUGGCUUACAAGUUCCAUGAAGAUGACCAUGGUGAGGUCAUUGCGGAGAUCACAAAACCUGGUCUUGAGCCUUAUCUUGGUCUACACUAUCCAGCCACUGAUAUUCCUCAAGCUACCAGAGUUCUUUUCAUGAAGAGCAAAGUAUGGAUAAUUUGUGAUUGUCGAGCAAAUUCUGUGAAGACAAUAGAAGCUAAAGGACUCCCCUUUGACAUAAGUCUAUCUGGCUCAACUCUUAGAGCUCCACACAGACACAGUUGUCACCUUGAGUAUAUGAGGAACAUGAACUCAAUUGCACCACUUGUCAUGGCUGUAGUAAUAAAUGAGAAUAGAGAGGAUGAUGAUGUCAAGCCUGAAGAACCUCCAAAAGAACUCAAGAGUAGGAGACUAUGGGGUCUCCUUGUUUGCCACCAUGAGAGCCCUAGAUAUAUCCCGUUUCUAGUGCGAUAUGCUUGUGAGUUCUUGGCAGAAACAAUGCUCUCUGAUAUGUUGUUCCAUGACGCAUCUCCCCUGAGCAUCAUAUCUGGGAGUCCAAAUAUCAUGGACCUUGUUAAAUGUGAUGGUGCUGCUCUUUUGCAUGGUGACAAAGUGUGGCGGCUAGGCAUGGCUCCAACGGAGCCUCAGAUACGUGAUAUCGCCUCAUGGCUAUCAAAGGUCGUUCAUAGGGAUUCCACCGGUUUGAGUACCGAUAGCCUUAUUGAUGCUGGAUAUCCAGGGGAAGCUUCCCUUGGUGAUAGGAUUUGUGGAAUGGCAAUGGCUAAGAUUGCCCCAAAUGAUAUUGUUUUCUGGUUUAGGUCACAUACAACUGCUGAUAUCAAAUGGGGUGGUGCAAAGCAUGAUCCAUUUGACCAGGAUGACAACAGAAGAAUGCACCCUAGGUUGUCCUUCAUGGCAUUCCUCGAGGUUGUCAAGAUGAAAAGCCUGCCGUGGAAUGACUAUGAGAUGGAUGCUAUCUGCUCAUUGCAGCUCAUACUUAGAGAUAGGAUGAAUGGUGCAACAAAACCAACUGGGGCAGCUGGUUUCGAUAACCUACAGAUUGAUGAUAUCAAACUUGAUUGUCUUGAUAAAUUGCAUAUGGUUACAAGCAAAGAAGAGAAGGAGGUUCGAUUUGAAGUGAAAACCCACAGUUCAAGGGCAGAUGAUGGGCCAGUUAUCUUGGUUGCAAAUGCUUGUUCCAGCCGUGACAUUUCUGGCCAUGUAAUUGGGGUGUUCUUUGUGGCCCAAGAUAUGACUAUUCAUAAGCUGGCCAUGGACAAAUUUAUUCGAGUUGAUGGAGACUACAAGGCAAUCAUUCACAACACGAACCCACUCAUUCCUCCUAUAUUUGGUGCUGACCAGUUUGGGUGGUGCUCCGAGUGGAAUGCCGCCAUGACUAAGCUUACUGGAUUCCACAGAGAUGAGGUGCUCGAUAAGAUGCUUGUUGGUGAAGUCUUUGAUAGUAGCAAUGGCUCCAGUCUUUUGAAGAACCAUGAUUCAGUUGUACGCCAUUGCGUCAUUAUCAACUAUGCGCUGGCUGGUGAACAAACAGAUAAGGCCACAUUUGGCUUCUACAACCGAAAUGGGAAGUACAUUGAAUGUAUUCUGUCAACUUAUGGAAAAGAAAACACAGAUGGCAUUGUUGAUGGAGUAUUCUGCUUCAUACAUGUUCCUAGCCAGGAGCUGCAACAUCUGGAGAUGGUUGAAUUUGUAUUGCAAGAUGUGGUAGAGGGUGUUGUAAGUCAAGUACUGACAGCUUGCCAGGACAAAGACAUUGGAGUCCUUGUAAACCAGUUAGAGGGAUUUAUGAAGGAAAAACUUUAUGGUGAUGGAAUUCGACUCCAACAGAUUCUCUCUGACAUUCUAUUUAUUUCAGUGAUGUUCUCUAUAGUUGGGGGCUAUGUUGAGAUUUCCUACAACCUCACCAAGAACAACAUUAGCAAAAACCUUGACCUAAAACUUAGGAUCAAACACAAGGGAUUAGAUUUCCCUAGGGAAAUCUUGUCAAGAACUUACAAGGAUGACAUCAAAGAUAUGUCAGGGGAGGGUUUGAGCCUUGUAGUUUCAAGAUACAUUUUGAAGCUUAUGAAUGGUGACAUUCGUUAUGUAAGGAAAGUUGGCACGUCAACUUUCAUCCUCAUGACUGAACUUGCUUCGGCUCCUGCAGCCAUUGGACAAUGA